GUCUGACGUUUAGUACUACAAGGCUUCCGUAGUUCAUACACAGAAUGAGCUACACGUGAAUUUGCCCUGGAAACACUCAAGCUAACAGUUGACAAGUCUCUGUGCUAUUGUACAUUUCACGAUGUGGUUUGUUUUUGUUUCGUGAAUGAUGGCAUAACUAAAGUAUCAAUCAUCAUCAAUAAUCAACGGUCACAAGGCUUUUUUUUUUUUUUUUUUGGUAGAUGUUAGCAAGGAUUGGACUUCAGGUAUCCUCAAGGUGUACUGGUUUAUCUUUAGUAUUUCCUAAGAAGAAAUCCUCACUCCUUCAGAUCCUCACUGCAGCACACAGUUGUGUCUUCAAAAAGUUCAGGACAAUGGACAGCAAGAAAGAACCUGAAGAAUCGCAGGACACAAUCAGUGCAGGUGCAGACAGUACUACCACAGCAGUACCAAUGGAAGAAACAAAACCUUCCAGCUCUACAGAAGGCAGCCAGACCUCAUCUACAGAACCUGGGCUUUUACCAGGGGAGACGGUUGUCAGGGAGGGAAAGGCUGCUAUUUUAUUCCCUAGUGCUAAUGAGGUGUUCUACAACCCUGUGCAGGAGUUCAACCGAGAUUUAACGUGUGCGGUGAUCACAGAGUUUGCUAGGGAGCAGCUGGCUCAGAGGGGCGUCCGGAUCUUGAUCCCGGGUGAGAAAGAUCGAGUUGUUGUUCGACUCUCGGAGGAGAAGAAUGGAACGGUGGACCAGGAAACAUCAGAACAGCCUGGAAAUGAGAAGAAAAAGAAAGAAGAGGGUGACAAGAAGGAGUUCAUCACUGCCUCUGUAGGAGAAAGAUGUGAGCAAGGUCUGCGUGUGCUGGAGGGUCUGGCAGCAUCAGGCCUGCGUUCUGUACGUUUUGCUCUGGAGGUUCCUGGCCUGAAGAGCAUCACUGCUAAUGAUUACUCUGCUAAAGCUGCCGCCCUGAUUGCCCGCAAUGCACAACACAACAACGUGUCCCACAUACUGCAAGCCAGCCAAAGAGAUGCCAGCAUGGUGAUGUAUGAGGCAAGAGGGAGGAAGGAACGAUAUGAUGUUAUUGAUCUUGACCCCUAUGGCAGCCCUUCUCCAUUUCUGGAUGCAGCUGUGCAGGCUGUCAGUGAGGGUGGGUUGCUUUGCAUUACGUGUACGGAUAUGGCUGUAAUGGCUGGAAAUAGUGGGGAGACCUGCUACAGCAAAUAUGGCUCUGUGUCCAUCAAGUCCAAAUACUGUCAUGAGAUGGCUUUGCGUAUAAUUCUGCACAGUUUAGAUCAGAGAGCAGCUGUUUAUCAGCGCUACAUUGAACCUCUCUUGAGUGUGAGUGUGGAUUUCUACAUCCGUGUAUUCGUCAGAGUCAAAACAGGCCAGGUCGUGGUCAAAAACGCUGCAAGUAAGCAGGCGCUGCUGUAUAAUUGUGUCGGCUGUGGUGCGUUUCAUCUUCAGAGGAUGGGCAAGAAGACAAGCCAAGGCAAACAUAUGAAGUAUUCGGCAGCCACUGGACCACCUGUAGGGCCCAGCUGUGAACACUGUGGGCAGAGGCACCAGUUGGGUGGUCCCAUCUGGGCGGAGCCUAUUCAUGACAUUGCAUUUGUUCAGAAGGUUCUGAGUGCCGUUUCAGGGAACCCCACCCGCUUCAGGACGUCCAAGCGGAUCGAGGGGGUGCUUAGCAUGGUGACCGAGGAGCUGAAGGAUAUUCCUCUGUAUUAUGUUUUGGAUAAUUUGAGCAGCACAGUUCACUGCAACACUCCGUCCACUCUGCAGUUCAGGUCAGCUCUCCUGCAUGCUGGGUACAGAGUGUCUCUCUCUCAUGCCUGUAAAAAUGCAGUGAAGACCAACGCUCCUGCUGAGGUGUUGUGGGAUAUCAUUCGUUGCUGGGAAAAGUCCAACCCUGUGAAAAGAGAGCGGCUAUCAGAAACCAGUCCUGCUCACCGCAUUCUCUCCAAAGAGCCAAUUCUUCAAGCCUGCUUUGAAAUCAGAGAAGAUGCAAACCCUCAAUCACGAAAACGGCACCUCACACGUUUCCAGGAGAACCCAUAUGCCAACUGGGGACCCAAAGCACGUGCCAAAGCUGGUGGAGGAAUCUGUUCUGAGCUGGAGGACAAAAGAAAACAGUUUCAGGGUAAAAGAAAGAAACCAAUCACAGACUCCUCUCAACUCAAAAGCUUCCCCUGUAAGAAGUUUCGAAGGGGAACAUGUUCAUAUGGAGAUAAAUGCUGUUAUUCGCAUGAACUCGAGCAAGAAUCUAAUGAGGAAAAGAUGGACUAAGUGGUUUUCUCACUACUGAAUAACGCAUGUGUCCAAAUGGGUACAGAUUCGCAACUAAAGUUUGUUAAUUGGAGUUGUGCGAUGCAAGUUAAAUUUUUCUGGCGAUGCAGUGGUGGGACAUAUUUUAUUCUUUGCAGUCAUUUUAUGUUUUGAAUGUUUUAGUUUUGCCUGGCAAAUAAAUACUAAGUGAAUGGUUGUGUAUGUCUAUUCAGCAUGAGCA